UUGGUUCCCGUUUCUUGGGGCCAAGGCUAAAAGCCGCCUAAGAGCAAUGCCAACAACGGGGAUUUUAGAGAAAAAAAAAAAGAAAAAAAGGAAAAACAUUAAAAAAAUCCACCCACCCUGUUCUGCUGAGGUCUACCGUACCGUAGAUGCCCAAACGCCGCAAAGAAGUGUUAGUGGUAGUAUUGGACAGGGAUUCGGAUGCAACGCCCAGAAACUGGAGAAAUGAGGGCUCGGUAGCUGUGUGGAUUCUACCAGUAUUUUAUUUGCGCUCUCGCCUUUUUCGGAGGUUGUUCGCCGUCUUAAAAAGACGUCAGGCACCCUUUUCUCCAACUUGAAUAUUUUGUUCAAGGUUUUGUCUGUCCCAUGGGGUUUUUCGCUUCCACUGCUUCCGUUUUUGAUGAUCUUUCGACAUUGUUCUCUUUUACUAAGCUAUAGGAUUGUUUAUAUUGUCCCGCAUUCGAUCAGCGGGACUAUUUAUUCAGCCCCGAGAUUGCUGAGAGCUUUAAUCGAGGUUCUUGGGUUGUCAAGAGCAAAACAAUCUGGUUCAGAUCUGCGCCGAGUGUUGAGCUCCUUUCAAGCUUGUGGAAAGACCAACCGCCGCAAUGGAGCAGUCAGAGAAAACAGAAGCCCAAUAUGUGGACAGGCAAGGCGACCUUUCCAGAUCCGAUUCGGAUGGCGCCGAUAGUCUGAGUUGGACCAAGGAGGAAGAAGAUAAAAUUCGACAUAAGAUCGACUGGCAUUGUGUGCCCAUCGUCACCGUCCUGUAUCUGCUCUGCUUCCUCGACCGAAUCAACAUUGGAAACGCACGAAUCCAAGGCUUGGCCGAUGAACUUGACCUUAAUCGGGGCGUACGCUUCAACUGGGUCCUGUCCAUCUUCUACAUCAUCUACCUCUUCGUCGAGGUUCCCAGCAAUGUCAUCCUCAAGAAGGUCGGCCCGCGGUUUUACCUUCCCUUCCUGGUCGUUGGUUUCGGCUUCGUUUCCAUGUGCACUGCGUUUGUGCGCUCAUACGAGGGUCUCCUGACCGCGCGCGCCUUCCUCGGUGUCUUCGAGGGUGGCGCAAUGCCCGGCAUGGCCUUCUUCCUCAGCUGCUUCUACAAGCGCGGCGAGCUACUGUUCCGCAUCGGAAUCUACGUCUCGGCCGCGUCCAUGGCCGGAGCCUUUGGUGGACUCCUGGCGGCCGGCCUGGCGCAGGUUCCCGAGUGGGGAAUAGCCUCGAUGCGCAUCCACACGUGGCGCAACAUCUUCUUCUUCGAGGGUCUCCUGACCGUCAUCAUCGGCCUCCUGGCCCCGAUCUGGAUGCCGACGGACCCGGCGACGGCCUACUUCCUCAGCGACCGCGAGCGGCGCAUCGCGGCCGAGCGCCUGGCCCGCGAGCACAAGAAUCACCCUGACGAGCGCGUCAGCUGGGCACACAUCAAGCGCGCCAUGCUGUGCAUCCACAACUACACGUGCGCCCUGGGCUUCUUCCUCAUCAACAUCACCGUCCAGGGCCUUUCGGUAUUCUUGCCCACCAUCCUGGCCGACUUCAAGUACGACCCCAUCAAGGCCCAGCUCAUGUCCGUGCCGCCGUACGUAUGCGCCUGCCUCGGCGCCAUCGCCAUCGCGUACCUGAGCGACAAGACCAAGCAGAGAGGUCUGUAUCUGGCCAUAUUUGCCGUCAUCGCCAUGAUUGGCUUUGCCAUCCUGCGCUGGCACGAGGACUCCAACAUCAAGUACAUGGCCAUUUACUUUGUUACCAUUGGAGCAUUCCCGGGAGGUCCGGCGUUUUUGGCUUGGGCCAUCAACAACUCCGCCGGCCCUUCGGUUCGUGCUGUUUCCAGCGCCUACGUUGUUACUCUGGGUACUAUCGGUGGUAUCGUCUCGACAUGGACAUACAUCAGAGAGGACGGCCCGCUUUACCACAAUGGUCAUACGGUCAACUUGGCUGGUCAAAUCGGUGUCUUCUUCCUUGCCAUUUUUGGCAUCUUUUACUGCCUUCGCGAAAAUAGGCUUCGUGCCGCCGGCAAGAGGGAUCACCGCCUCGAGGGCCUUAGCGAGGAAGACACACUGCAUCUCGGCUACCGGCAUCCCAAUUUCCGCUACAUUACUUAAAUUUGGAAAAUAGGUUUAUCGUGAUCUUUUUUUGGUAGGUUGCAGUUAAACCUGGGUUAUGCAUAUGCUUUUGUUCCUCGGUAAUUGUCAACCGUAUAUGGGUCUUUUUUGAGCACAUCGAGAGACGGGAUAGUCAAGCGAAGCAGCAAGUCCACUUUGAUAAUUCACUAUUUUGAGACUUUGAUGUCCGCUACAUCAUAUCGCAUGUGCGCU